UGCAUGGAAGGAGGGGAGGGGAAAGGCCGUUACGUUGCGGGCAACGGCCAGGGCAGUGAAGCGGCAGUCAGUGUUGGUGCCGGAGGCUUCCGCGUUCACUGUUGGGGCUGGUGCGCCGCGUCAGGACGAAGGGCGGCUUCUGUCAGGCUCUGUCCGUUACGGUGGGGAGGGGAGAGGGGGCAUGAAGCUGUGAGGGGCCGCGAGCCGAAGGGAGCGGGGAAGGAGCGCGGCCGCAGGCAGGCGAGAGGAAGAGGAGGAGGAGGCGCGGAGCGAUGUCUCAGCCGCCUCAGCAACAUCCGCCUCAGCAGGAGCAGCAGCCGGUGGCCGCGCCGGUCUCGAAGAAGAGGGACCGGAGGAUCUUCUCGGGGACUUGCCCGGAUCCCAAGUGCCAGGCGCGGCUGUUCUUCCCGGCGCACGGGCCUCUGAGCAGCGGGAGCAUCGAGUGCACGGACUGCGGGCAGCGCCAUGAGCAGCGGCAACUGCUGGCGGUGGAGGAGGUGACGGACCCGGACUUGGUGCUGCACAACUUGCUGCGGAACGCGCUGCUGGGGGUGAGCGGGGCGGGGCCCCCCAGGAAGAACACCGAGUUGGUGAAAGUCAUGGGCCUGUCCAACUACCACUGCAAGCUGCUGUCUCCCAUCUUGGCCCGCUAUGGCAUGGACAAGCAGACGGGCAAGGCCAAGCUCCUGACCGAGAUGAACCAGGGGGAUAUCUUUGACUGCGCUCUUCUGGGCGACCGUGCCUUCCUCAUUGAGCCUGAGCAUGUCGACACGGUAGGGUAUGGCAAAGACCGCUCCGGCAGCCUUCUCUACUUGCACGACACCUUGGAGGAUAUCAAGAAGGCCAACAACAGCCAGGAGUGCCUCAUCCCGGUCCACGUGGAUGGGGAUGGCCAUUGCUUGGUGCACGCGAUCUCCCGGGCGCUGGUGGGCAGGGAGCUGUUCUGGCACGCUUUGCGGGAGAAUCUCAAGAAGCACUUUAGGGAGAAUCUCAGCCGCUACAAAGCUCUCUUUCACGACUUCAUUGAUGCGGCAGAAUGGGAAGACAUCAUAAACGAAUGUGAUCCUUUGUUUGUUCCCCCAGAGGGUGUACCAAUGGGCCUUCGAAACAUCCACAUAUUUGGAUUGGCCAAUGUGCUGCACCGGCCCAUCAUCCUCUUGGAUUCCCUGAGCGGAAUGCGUAGUUCAGGAGACUACUCUGCCACUUUUCUACCUGGAUUGAUACCAGAAGAAAAAUGCAUGGGAAAAGAUGGCAUGUUGAACAAACCUCUCUGUAUUGCCUGGAGUAGUUCUGGCCGUAACCAUUAUAUUCCUCUGGUUGGGAUAAAAGGUGCUGCUUUGCCUCAAUUGCCUAUGAAAUUACUUCCUAAAGCUUGGGGAGUACCUCAGGACCUUAUUAAAAAAUACAUCAAAUUGGAAGAUGAUGGUAGUUGUGUGAUUGGGGGUGACAGAAGUUUGCAAGACAAAUAUUUGAUGAGGUUGGUUGCUGCCAUGGAAGAGGUUUUCAUGGAUAAGCAUGGCAUUCAUCCCAGUUUAGUAGCUGAUGUACACCAGUAUUUCUAUAGAAGGACUGGUGUAAUAGGAGUUCAGCCUGAAGAUGUCACAGCAGCUGCUAAAAAGGCAGUGGUGGACAACCGCCUUCACAAGUGUCUCAUUUGUGGUGCCCUUUCAGAACUUCAUGUUGCUCCUGAGUGGUUGGCACCUGGAGGGAAACUGUAUAAUUUGGCAAAAAGUACCCAUGGCCAGCUAAGGCCUGAUAAAAAUUAUAGUUUCCCUCUUAACAAUUUGGUAUGUGCCUAUAAUCCAGUUAAGGAUGUACUUGUACCUGAUUAUAACUUGAGUAAUUUGACUGUCUGUAACUGGUGCCAUGGAACAUUGGUGCGCCGUGUCAGAAAUGAUGGUUCUGUUGUGUAUUUGGAUGGGGACAGAACUAAUACCAGAUCGACAGGUGGUAAAUGUGGUUGUGGAUUCAAGCAUUAUUGGGAAGAUAAGGAGUAUGACAAUCUCCCUGAAGCUUUCCCAAUUACUCUAGAGUGGGGUGGGAGAGUGGUGAGAGAGACAGUAUACUGGUUUCAGUAUGAAAGUGAUCCUUCUCUAAACAGCAAUGUGUACGAUGUUGCAAUGAAACUUGUUACCAAGCAUUUUCCUGGAGAAUUUGGCAGUGAGAUUCUUGUCCAGAAAGUUGUCAAUACCAUUCUACAUCAAACAGCCAAAAAGAACCCUGAUGAUUAUACGCCUGUAAACAUUGAUGGUGCUCAUGCCCGAAGAGUUGAUGAUGUGCAGCAAGGACAAGACUUGGAAUCUCAACUUCCAACCAAAAUAAUUCUUACUGGUCAGAAAACAAAAACAUUGCACAGGGAAGAGCUAAAUAUGAGUAAAACUGAAAGAACUAUUCAGCAAAACAUUGCAGAACAGGCACCUAUAAUGCAGAAACGCAAAACAGAAAAAUUGAAACAAGCACAAAAAGUGCCACCUAGAACAUCUUCCCCAGGUUCUGUUCCUGAUGGGCCAUCUUCUGCACCUGCUACACCUACAAAGACUCCUUAUUCCCCAACAUCUACAAAAGAGAAGAAAAUACGCAUAACAACAAAUGAUGGGCGGCAGGCCAUGCUCACUUUGAAAUCCACAACCACAUUUCUAGAACUGCAAGAAAGCAUCGCUAGAGAAUUUAAUAUUCCUCCCCAUUUGCAAUGUAUUCGAGUUGGCUUUCCUCCCAAAGAGCUUUUGCCACCCAAAGAAGGGCAGGAAAAUGAACCUGUUCCUCUACUGCAUGGUGACAGAGUAACUAUAGAGAUUCUCAAAGGCAAGGAGGAGAGCAGCCAGACAGCUUCAGUUCACUCGGCCCAUGCUGUGAAACUUGAUGAUGCUGCUGUUACUAGUAAAAUUGCUUCCAAGGAAAUCCAAGAACAAAUCGACAAGGAAAUGUACUCUCUGUGUCUUCUAGCAACAUUUAUGGGAGAAGAUGUCUGGUCUUAUGCAAAAGGACUUCCUCACUUGUUCCAUCAGGGUGGUGUGUUCUACAAUAUAAUGAAGAAAACAAUGGGUCUGGCUGAUGGUAGGCAUUGUACUUUUCCACACUUGCCUGGUAAGACCUUUGUGUACAAUGCAGCAGAAGAUAGAGUGGAACUUUGUGUGGAUGUUGCUGGGCAUUUUCCUGUGGGCGCCGAUGUUGAAGACUUGGUUAAGGAGGCCCUAAGCCAAGUGCGAGCAGAAGCUUCUUCAAGAAGCCGGGAAGCAAGUCCUUCACAUGGACUCCUAAAGUUAGGUAGCGGUGGCGUAGUUAAAAAGAAGUCAGAGCAACUUCACAAUAUAACAGUGUUUCAAGGGAAAGGCCAUUCAUUAGGAAGUGCAGCUGGUAGCCAAUCACUUCAUCAAAGAGCUAGGGAAGCUCCACUGUUAAGAAAGCAAAGCACAAGCACAGACUUCAGUCCAAGUUCUGCUAAAUCUGAGUCUUCAGUGUACACAGGUGAUUCUGGAAACAGUGAGCUAAUACGGAUAGCUCCUGGAGUAGGAACCAUGAGAGACAGCAGGCAGCUUGAUCCUAAUUUGAUUGAGGCACAACGGAAAAAAUUGCAGGAAAUGGUUUCUUCGAUUCAGGCUUCAAUGGACAGACACAUGCGGGAUCAGAAUACAGAGCAGUCGGCGACACAAGACUUCUCUCAAAGGAAACUGGAAGCCGCAAGUCCAUCUAUUAAAACAAGGAGCCCUCAGACUGGUUUGUCUGAAUCCUUUUCUUUAUCAAGUGGCAGCGGACAUCUGAAUGCAGAAACAACUGACAGUAACAUGUCAAAUGCAGUGGGAACAACAUUCUCCACAAGAUCAAAAGCACAGAAGGGAAAUUCUGUGGAAGAGCCUGAAGAGAUGGAUAGUCAAGAUGCAGAAAUCACUAAUACAUCUGAGCCAAUGGAUCAUUCAUGAAUAGUUAACAACUGAUAAAAUACAAGAGAUUACUGUGCAAAUGUAAUGUUUGUUGGCUGGGCCACAUAAGAUUAGUAAUUGAAUCUUGUAUGUUUCAAAGAUUAUAUCUUACUCAUUGCAUGAUAGCAAGUGUGUGAUAGACAAUAGCUUUUAAUAUGCCAUUUUGCUGCCCAGGUUAGCUCUCAGUUACCUGUAAAUUAGUUAUUAGAAUAUGCACUGGGAUGAAUAUCUGCUGUAGAUGUGGGUUCUUUUUUUGUAAUUUUAUUUCUGUUAAAGUCUUAAUCCUCCAGCCCAUGUGAAAUCAUUAUGUUUCAAAGAUUAAUAUGUGAAAAGAAAAUCUGACAAAUGUAGUGUGUUGGUUCCAGCAUAAAGAGGCAUUCCCUUAGAUCUGAACACUUUGCAUCCAUUUAGAUUUUCAGGUUUCUCAAAAACCCACGUAUAUUUAUUGAGAUCUCUUUAAAAGUUGUACAUUUAAAGAAUGAUAGGGCAAAGUGCUAUAUAGUAUAAGAUGAAUCUAAAGCAAAGGUGAUGCAGCAAUGCAUGGCGGACUGAGCCAGCACAGCUUUUUCAUUGCCCUGUUGGCUAAUGAUUGCAUGUUUAAUUUUGAGCUGGUAAAGUACUAUCGUGUGCUUUACAUUGCAAAGGCAGUAGUAUGCAAGUAUUUUAAGAAACUGCAGCAGGCUAAUAAGGAAUUGCUUUUUGUGCAGGAAGAUUUUGAAAAAUAACAGUUGGUUAUCAGUGCUGGCUAUUAACACUUUCUAAGCAUGUUGGAUUAAUGGAAUUUAACAGAAGUUUCAUCAGAUUUUCAGCAGUAUAGUAACAGUUUCUUUUUGACUCCUGAAAUGGGAAAUCCUUAGUGUUUCACUUUUAUGCAAGUCUUCAUGCAUCACGUCGAUUAAACUGUCAUCCACUUAAACAGCAUAUUCAUCAGAUCUACAGUGCUAUUUUUUACUAAGCAGCCAUAGUAUUUGCUCCGUAAAGAUAGAAUAUUUAUCUUGAUACUGAUGUUGCACUUUUGCCUCUUUGCUUAUUUCUAUUUUAUGUGCAUUAUUACUGCUUCAUCUAAUGAAAAUAAACUUGAAACAGUAAACGACUUAUAAUACAGAAGAGAUACUGAAAAGAAAUCUGAAGUGCUUAGCUAUUGAAGCCAGUGUUUACUCAACAUGCAAGUUUUACCUGGUCCACAAAUACUAAGUUUGUAUUAAUGUUUAUAUUCUGAAAAUAUGCUCACACUUUCUGCAGUUAUAAUCACACAGGAAACCUCUAAGCAAUGCUAUGAUAAAAUGUCCUAAGUAAGGGAAGGUUUAUUUUUUAUAUGGGAAAUUAACCGAAGGUAAAACUGCCUUGGUUCAUUCAACUAUAUUAAUCCAUUCAAACACCCUUUUUGCUUUUCUCAUUCAGGGACUAAAUCUUUUGUUAUUUCAUGCACUGCUUAUAUAUAAAACAUACAAAUACAACUUUCAUAAAUAAAUGAUUUCAAAUAUAUAGUUUUGCUGCUUAAUUUGGUCAAGAAAUGAAAUAUGUGAUGUAAAUAGGGAAUUCUAAAAUUGAUCAUGCCACACAACAGGAUGCUUGAGGUGGAAUAUAAAAAAACCACUGUAACUUCUAACAAACGCACAACCAGACUUGUGGCCGUGGCCCAAAGUGUUAUCCAUUUGCAAGGCAUUGUGCAGGGGUGGGUGAUAUUGGGCUUUCUGGCACAGCAAUAUCCCAUGCCCCAGUUUAAAAGGUAGCCUUUAAUAUAUUAUGAGAUGGCUUGUGAGACAAACCAGAAUGUAACUACUCUUUCUCUGACCAUAUGGAUAUCUGCACUGGAUAUCUAAAUCCUGAAAAUUCAGUUAACAUCUCUGGCCUCUAUCACAUAAGCUUGGGAAUUCCAGUAUUUUUGGAAAUAUUUUUGUGGGGGAUUUAUAGCACAGAGCUACGGUUCCUAGGAUUCUUUGGAUGAGAAUCAUGGCCACUGCUAGCUUAAAAUUGGCUUGGAUUAUAGGGUUGAUAAACAGCCUGGUGGUUUGAUAUUUUUCUUCUUAGCUUGGAAAUACUUUGGUGGUUUUUCAUUGUGUGCAAAGGAGGGUAAUUGUCAACAUCCUUUACGCAAAAAUGCAUGUAUAAAUGAGCAAGAGCUGUAAAGUUGGGAAGGCAUGGGUGAUUUUAUAAUUUAAUGUGGUGUGAACUAAGAGUUAAGUACAUCUUUUCUGUUCCUUGUAGAAAUCCUUUCUCUUGAGGAAUUGUGUUAUGACUCUUCAUUUUUCCCUACUCAGAAAAUAAAAAUACAAAGUUAUUCACUUUGUAUUCUUGCCCCUGUGUGAUGUGUUGAAAAGAUGUUUGCAAUGCUCUGUUUGUAAAAUGAAAAUAGUAAAGGAUUAGGACAGGGCUGGGAAACCUGUGACCUUCUAGAUGCCAUUCAGCUUAAUCCACCUCAGCCAGCAUGGCCAAUAUUCAUGGAAGGCCACAAGUUUUCCCAUCCUGGCUUAGGAGUGUUAUGGAAAAAAUACUGCUGUAGCUGUAAGUAUGUUGGGGAAGGUUAACAUUUAAUUUUUUAUAUUGCAAGUGUGCAAUGUAGGCUUAUCUCCAUCAAAGUUAAUGGGAUUAAUGUGCACAAAUAAAUGGUGGUCUCAUUCACUUUGAUGACACAUAGUUGCCACUAACGUGAUAUAUUUCACUUAGUGAGCUUAAGCACAUGCAACUAGUUACAGGAUUGCAGCUUCAGCGAGUGAUUGAGAGUCCUCUAUAAAAUGAAUUUAUGGAAAAUCUCAGAUGUGGCAAGGGGAUGCCUGAAGUGCAUUUCCUUUAGACAUUUCAAAAUUCUGUCUCUUAUUAUUCACCAACCGUCAGGCUUUCUGAUAUGUGUGGGUCUAAAAUUUGACAAUUGAAAGGCCAUGGUUUUCUUUCAAACACUGUUAAGUCGGUCAAAAAAGCUUGUUCUUGAACAGCCAGUUUAAUGUAUAUAUAAAAAUAUGAAUGGGAAGUGGGAAUACAGUAGUAGCACAGCAGCACCAAUACACUGGUUUACUCAGGAGGGAGUAAAUUCUGUACAAUCAGAGAAGAAAAA